AUGCCUCGCCAGGCCGCCUCGAGGUUGGUGGUCGGAGAAGGUGAAGGGCCCCCGGGGGCUUCGGGGCCCGCGGCCACCAUGCUCCGCUCUCUGCUGCUUCACUCUCUGAGACUCUGCGCCCAGACAGCCUCGUGCCUCGUGCUGUUCCCGCGCUUCCUAGGCACGGCCUUCAUGCUCUGGCUUUUAGAUUUCUUAUGCAUCCGCAAGCAUUUCCUGCGCCGUCGCCAUCCUGACCAUCCCGAGCCCGAAGUAGAGCUCAACAGUGAAGGCGAUGAGCUGCCCCCUGAUGACCCGCCCAUCUGCGUAUCGGACGACAACCGUCUGUGCACCCUGGCCUCUCUCAAGGCCGUGUGGCAUGGCCAGAAGUUGGAUUUCUUCAAGCAGGCCCAUGAGGGUGGCCCAGCGCCUAACUCAGAGGUCGUCCGGCCUGAUGGCUUCCAGAGCCAGCGCAUCCUCGACUACGCACAAGGGAACCGCCCGUUGGUGCUCAAUUUUGGCAGCUGUACCUGACCACCGUUCAUGGCGCGGAUGAGCGCCUUCCAGCGCCUGGUCACCAAGUACCAGCGCGACGUUGACUUCCUUAUCAUCUACAUCGAGGAAGCCCACCCAUCCGACGGCUGGGUCACUACAGAUUCACCCUACGUCAUCCCCCAGCACCGCAGCCUGGAGGAUCGCGUCAGCGCAGCAAGAGUACUUCAACAAGGCGCACCUGGCUGUGCUCUGGUCCUGGACACUAUGGCCAACUCCAGCAGUUCCGCAUAUGGGGCCUAUUUUGAGCGCCUCUACGUCAUCCAGAGCGGCACCAUCAUGUACCAGGGAGGCCGUGGCCCCGACGGUUACCAGGUGUCUGAGUUGCGCACUUGGUUGGAGCGCUAUGAUGAGCAGUUGCAUGGUACUAGGCCACGUCAGUUCUAAAUAACCAAGGGACAAGUGACUGAAUUGGUGGGCCAGGUCUUCCGAAGCCCACGUGCAAAUGCUCCAAAGGAAGUCAAAGAGUGUCGGAGUCCCCAUGACACAGACGAGCACAGCCACAGAACUCAGGCUGAGUCUGGCUAACUUGAGACUCUCUAUAGUGACUCCCUUUUGUACCUUUUUGGCUUGCUCUCAGAAGCAUUGCUGUGGCUCGAACUGGCAGCUUUGUCCCUGCUGGAGUUUACCUGCUGGACUUUCUGACACCUGUUCCCCAGCGCUGCUUCAGCAAAGCGCGAUUGUCCCCAGCAUCUCACAGCUAGGACUUGUUGGCCACGCCCGCGCGCGCCCUGAGCGCAGCUGGGUUCCAGCAGUGCCUCAGGCUCUAGCUAGUUGCCUGGCACCCACCUGUCGAGCGCAGGGAGUCCUGCUGCUUUUAUGUUUAUUUCUUAUCCCUGGGUUGGGGGAGGGGCUCGAGAUAGGGAAAGGGUGGGCAGGGUAAUUUCCCCGCCUAGCUUUGGGUGCGCUGGAGCCCUGGCUGCUGAUGACGAACCGCCUCUAACUGGGCUUGACCACGGGUCGGCUCUGAAUUGCAGAGGGGCUCGAAACAGCGCCUAAAGUUAAGAGGGGGAGAGUGCUCUGGGUUCCACGGAGAACCGUCGAGAACGGGAUGGAAGAGGGACAUGGUAAGGGGUGGGCUUCAGGACCAAAGAAAGUGGCUUGGGGAAUUGGUGAAGUUCCCAAGUCCCCAAGAGGGAGGCUAGAACUCUUUGGAAAGGGGAUUAGUUCGAAGACAAGGAGAUGGGGAAGAUCCUGGGCGUCCUAGGCAGAAAGAGUGGGUUGUGGGGCGGGGUGAAGACCAGUCAGUGAAUGUUGUGUUGGAAACAUUCCUUGUGUAUAAACUUUUAAGCUACAAUAAUAAAGACUUGAAGGAAGUUGC